ACAGAAGUGAGUGACCACUUCAGUAGGAGCGCUACUUUGUAGUUUAUUAACUUUUAAGGUGUAGUCGUGUUCUGUUCAUUGUAAUUCAUUUUAAUGGUGGACUUAUUGUUAGUUAUAGUAAAUCCUGUGUAGAGUAAGCGUUGUGAUCAAGGGUCAGGAUGACAGAAGUGUGCAAAGAGGAGUUUGGUGUUGCAGCAGGUCUGGGACCGGUGGAGAAAUGGACCCUGAGCUCAGACAGUGUCCGUGUGGAAAUCCUCUCAUUGGGCUGUGUUAUAAAAUCUAUCACAACAGCAGAUCGCAGCGGUCAAAGUGCGGAUAUAGUGUUAGGAUACGAUGACUUAGAAGGUUAUCUCUCAAACCCACGCUACUUUGGAGCUGUAGUUGGCCGUGUGGCUAACAGGAUAGCCAAGGGCCGGUUUGUGAUCAAUGAGAAGGAAUAUAAACUGGCUAUAAACAAUGGACCCAAUGCACUACAUGGAGGGCUACGGGGCUUUAACAAGGCAGUGUGGACGGCAGAGGCUGUGAAAAGUGGAGUGAAACUGAGUCACACUAGUCCAGAUGGUGACGAGGGAUACCCUGGAAACUUAAGCGUGUCUGUUAUCUACAGCCUGGAGAAAAACACACUGAGUGUGUUCUACCAUGCACAGACUGACCAAACUACACCGGUCAACCUUACUAACCAUUCUUAUUUCAACCUAGCUGGACAGGGCACACCAGACAUUUACGACCAUGAGGUAACCAUCUCAGCAGAAUCUUACCUGCCUGUAGAUGACACAAUGAUCCCCACAGGAGAAAUAAAACCUGUGGAGGACACAUUGUUUGACCUGAGUAAGCCUGUCCUUCUUGGCAGCAGACUAAAAGAGCUUCCUGGUCCUGGCUUUGACCACAACUUCUGCCUGUGCUCACCAGGUGAAACACAGCUGGAACGAAAAUGUGCAAGAGUGGUGCAUUCUGGGACAGGACGUGUUCUGGAAGUGAGCACUACUCAACCUGGGGUUCAGUUCUACACAUCCAACUUCCUGGAUGGGACAAUAAAGGGAAAAGGUGAAGCUACUUACCCCAAACACAGUGCAUUCUGUUUGGAGACCCAAAACUGGCCAGAUGCUGUUAGCCAGUCUCAUUUUCCUGAUGUUCUGCUGAGACCGGGAGGGCAGUACACACACAGCACACACUUCACAUUUUCACUAAUCUGAAGUCACGUGAGGCUGCCGUUUACUUACAACAUCUAUAAACAGUGUAUUAUCAUUCAUAAAUCCAUAACAUUGUUAUUUCAUUGGCAUAAAUAUUUGCAUUGAGGUGACUCAAUGCAAACAGACUAACAACAGACUCGACUCACAUUUCACAACUGAAGCCAAUUUGUGACAAAUGAUCAGUUGUUUAAAUUUGAUUACGAAAAGUGUUUGAAUGAAAAUGCGAUAUGAUUAAAAAAA